AAGAGACUCGGGACACGCGCAACAUGCCGCCAACAAAGGUGCCGAAGAAGCGCAUGGGGCUCAACACCAAGGGUGCUAGCGCAGACAAUCCGAACCGUAAGAUUCCCAAGAAGCAGAAGGCUGCCAACAUGCGUGACAAGGGCACGAUCAACCGUCUCAACAUGUAUCGGAACUCUGGUCCCAUUCGCAACAAGCAGGGCAAGAUCGUCGGUGGUAGUCUGAUGAUGGCAGGUCGUCAGGGUGGUGUUACGAUGAACGACGCGUCCGCGCCUUCUCGCAUUGCGCCUGACCGCCGUUGGUUCGGCAACACCCGAGUCGUCGGCCAAAAGGAACUCGACAAGUUCCGUAACGAAAUGAACGUCAAGGCUGCGGACCCGUACUCGGUCGUGUUGCGCACGCGCAAGCUGCCCAUGAGUUUGAUCCAAGACUCGGCCAAGGUGACGCGAAUGAAGCUUCUCGAGACAGAAACGUUUGAAGAAACGUUUGGGAAACAGCGCACGCGAAAGCGCGCCAAGUUGAACGGCGUCAGCGACCUCGAGGCGCUCGUGAGCCGCGCAAACGAACAGACCGACAAGUAUGAGACCAAGGGCGUAGAUCGCAACAUCCAAGUCGUCGAGGAAUUCAAGGACGCGACAUCGCACGACGUGUUUAACAAGGGCCAGAGUCGCCGCAUCUGGGGCGAGCUGUACAAGGUACUCGACUGUUCCGACGUCGUAAUUCAGGUGCUGGAUGCACGUAAUGUACCGGGCACCCGCAGCGAACACAUCGAGCGCCAUUUGCGUAAUAACGCGUCGCACAAACACUUGGUGUACGUGAUCAACAAGUGCGACUUGGUGCCGAACUGGGUGACGAAGAAGUGGGUCCAGAUCUUGAGCAAGACGACACCGACGCUGGCAUUCCACGCGAGCUUGAACAGUCCAUUUGGGAAGGGCGCGCUCAUCAACUUAUUGCGCCAGUUCGCCAAGCUCCACCAGGAGAAGAAGCAAAUCAGUGUCGGAAUCAUCGGGUACCCGAACGUUGGCAAGAGCUCGGUCAUCAACGCGCUUCGCAAGAAACGAGUGUGCAAGGUGGCACCGAUUCCGGGUGAGACCAAGGUCUGGCAGUACAUUACCCUCAUGCGCCGCAUCUUCCUCAUCGAUUGCCCUGGUGUUGUGUACGACGGCGUGAACGACAGCGAAGUCGAGACCGUGCUCAAAGGCGUUGUCCGCGCCGAGAAGCUGCCGCAACCUGCCGAGUUUAUCCUGCCCAUCCUUGAACGUGUCAAAAAGGAACACGUGGUCAAAGUGUACGGCAUUGAAGACUGGACGGACGAAAACCAGUUUCUCGACCAGCUUGCGAUCAAGAGCGGGAAGCUCCUCCCCAAAGGCGAAGCAGAUCACAACAACGUAGCGGUCCAAGUCAUUAACGACUUCAUUCGAGGCAAGCUGCCGUGGUUUAUUGCGCCGCCGCUCAAGCCCGAGGAGCAGCAACUCGUGGAUCAAGGCCAGGACGUGACGCUGGAAGAACUUGCGGCCUUCAACGCGGAAGUGCUCAAGGGCGAUGGCGUCGAAGACGAUGCCGACGGUGAUGAAAACAUUGACGAAGUGGACGAUGACGAAGUGGACGAUGACGAAGUGGACGGUGACGACGACGAAGAAGCCGACCAAGACGACGAGGAAUAGAACCACCGGAAAUAUAUUAUUUUAUAAUGUGCAACCCGCUGUGGUGUAAGCUAA